AUGAAUGUAAAUUUUGAGAGCUAUUCUACAGAAGAACUAGCUGAUGUUCUGUCAACAUUUUACUUAGAUGCCAGAACAAAAAAAGGUGAAUUGUACAAGACAAGUACCUUGGAAAACAUAAGGCACAGCCUAAACAGGUAUCUUAAAGCACCCCCAGUGUCAAGAGAUAUAGAUAUCAUCACCGGAAAUGAAUUCAAUAAAGCCAAUGAGUCGUACAAAACUGCACUCCGUGAACUUAAAGUUCACGGAAAAGGUUCUACCGACCACUACGCGCUGAUAUCAAAUGUCGAUUUAACACGGUUAUAUAUGAGUGUCCACCUGUCACCUACCACUCCGCAAGGUUUAUUAAACCGGUGCCAAAUGAACAUCAGGUUGUAUUUCUGCCGGAGGGCAAAUGAAAAUAUGGAAAAAAUGACAAAGUCAACUUUCAAGCUUGGCCAGUAUCCAAAUGGUGAAAGGUAUAUAUAUAAGGCAGAGGAUGAAUCCACCAAGAAUCACAAAGAGAAUGAUAAGACCCUUGUAACAGGGCACAUGCCGGCAGACAAUGUAAAUACUGACAACUGUCCAGUGAACAAUUUCCUGAAAUAUGUCGGUAAAUUGAAUCCCAAUACUGAUAGGCUGUGGCAGUACCCUAGAGAAGUAUUCUUGGAAUCUGAUGAUGUCUGGUACCAGAAUCGUCCAAUUGGCCGAAAUGUCUUAAGUGAAUUCAUGCAGAAGCUUAGCAAAGCUGUUCCACUAUCUGCCGUAUACACCAACCACUCUGUACGUGUGACUGGUGCUACAAUCCUAGGAAAGGGUCAUUCUGCACCACAGAUUAUGGCGGUGACUGGUCAUAAGGCUUCCUCAUCACUGGCUAUCUACCAAAGGGUGUCUGAUGAAGAAAAGAAGUUGAUGGGUGCCAAAAUUAGAAAUGCCAUUAAUGGAGGAGAUCAGCUGGCACUGCCAGCCCCUCAGACAAGACUACCAUUAAUGCCAGGGCCAUCUCAGUAUGGGAAUACACUUGAGUUGCCAGGCCCUCAAGCACAACUAUCACAUGCAGCAACAGGUCUAUUUAGAGAUAUGAUGCCAUUGCAAGCCCGUCAUGCACGCCUAGCACCAACAACACCAUAUCACGGAGCCCAUCAAAUCCAACAUCCACUAGUGGCAACGGCACUUGAGGGAGUAAGGAAUACAGCGACACCAUCACCUUAUGUGGCCAGACCAUCACUUUAUGCACCUACCCAAGGACCAUCAAAUAACACAGGGGCUUCUAGAUCAAAUGCAGAUUUACCUAUGAACCAGUCAAGAGCCAUCAGCACCAUCCAGUCAAAAUCAAACCAGGACGAUUUAGAUUUGCCUGCAGAUAUUGUCGACAUGUUGUUUGACAACUUCGACAAUCUGCCAUCAUCUGGCCAAGUCAACACAACAUCAAACUUGACGUCCAUGACUAGAAACCAUGCACCAAGUUUUAACAACUGUGUUUUCAAUGGACUCACCAUCAACUUCAAUUUAAAUUGAAAAACAAAUGAAGGA